UGUGUGCACGCUGCUUUGUGACGUGUAAGUGCUUUUAAUAAUAACUUCUGACUUAGGUGUGCUAUCUGGCUAUCAUCAAGUGCAUGCAGAUAACAAUAACCAAGGGAGUUAUGUGACUUCUCCUUUAAUUGUGUGUGGUAUAUCUUAUACAUGUGUGUGUCCUUGAGAAUAAAGCAUUGCUUCAAUUCAGCGCAUGUCCCGCCUUUCUUUCGUCUUAUGCGUGUCUAUUUUUGUGCUGUUUUUCCAAAGAGGUAGGGAUUCCUUCUUAAGAAGAGCAAGUGCUAAUGCUAGAGCACUGGCUUACGUAACACAGGGCAGCCUGCAUGGCACCGCCUUAUGACGGACCUUCCCCAGAGAUCCCAGCACUCGAAGUGAGCCACGCGGCCUUCCAGCACCAGCUGGAGCUCAAAGCGGGGGACGCCGAGCAGGAUAACCGUCACAGGCGCAUCAUGAGCACGUUCACUGAGCAACAGGUGUUCUUCAUCACAGCCUGCUUCACGCUCUGCCGCCUGCCCAGGACAAUCAAAUCCUUUGGUGGUGACUGCAACAAGGCGGCCAUGCACUUUGAGCCCUACGCGGCUGCUUUCAAGUGCAAGCCGGGCUCCAAGCUGAAUCCAUUGGUCAAGUGCCCCUAUUUCAACUGAAACAAGCAGCAGCAGUCGACUAGCAACUACAUCUGUGCACUAAAGUGUAGAUAGCCUUCAAGUGCACCGGUCUGUGGAGGAUUGUUCAGCAAGCUCUUGCAACAGCAGUUUCCUAUCACAGCAUACAUCGAGUCUAAUUUUGUGUAGAACAUAAUAAUCUACUAGUGCCUUAUAUACAUAUCGCGUGUGUUUUAAAUGUACCAAUUCAUGGUAUCCCAGAACAAGUGCAUGGGACAGAAAGCUUAGAGCUUCACUUUUCUUUAUUUCAUGAGAUAUUUCACUGUUACUAGGCUUAUGCUGGAGUUGACAUCUUGCAAAGCUGUGUUUAGCUAAAGAACACUGCAGAAGAUAUAUUGCAAUGUGCGACUGUCUAGAUGUACUGACCAAUAUUGUAUAAUGCUGGUAGCUGUACGUGAACAAAAGCUUCUGAAUAACAACAAAAAGCUUUUUUUUUUAUGCUGGCAUCCAACUACAAGCAUUGAAUGAAAGUGGCUUGAAAUCGGGAGGUUUUCAGCAUUCCUCUGGCAUGCUCAUAAAGUGCUGAUUAAGUCUAACAAUCAAUUUCAUUUUCUAUCCAUCUUAUCAUUUGUUGCGGAAAGUGACAUCCUGGCAAUAAUGGCAGGCGUGGGUUUGUCCAAACUAAUUACUGAGUGCAAAUUGAAUGGAAAGCAAGAUGAAUCACUAUAAAAUGUGUUUCCAGGAUGCGAGAAACACCUGGACUUAGCAUGUGCUGCAGUGUCACGAUUGGGCACCGCAGCAUCAUUUCUCUAUGCCUGCCAUGCGCUCUGCUUCUCGCAUUUCAUUUCAUGCAAUAGUGCACAACCUUCGAACGCACUUUGACGAAGGCACAGUUGCACUGCUGUGUGCAGAGUACAGGAAAGUGCAGGUGGCUACUAGGCGACAGCAGUAUAGUGCACCGAGGCACGGUGGGUUUUUUAUGUUGCCAGAUGGUUGACAGCACAUGCUUCAUAAGACGAGUUACUAGCAGCGUCUUGCGCUGCCAGAUUUCAACCAAUGGUGCAAAAUUACCAGUAAAUCUUUAUUAUGAACUAAAAUAAAGGGGUUCAUUAUAUUCAUUUUUAUGAAAUUAUUUCUUCGUUAAAACAACACUUUAAUUGCAUGUGUUUCUAUGUGAAUUUCAAAAGGAAUUGCGAUUACAGUAAAGCCUUGUUAAUACACAGUUCGCGGGGAAUAUAGAUCAGGUAUGAAGUAAUAGCUCUGCGGAAACCCACAAGGUGGAGAGAAUUAAUAUAGGGGAAAUGAGACAUCCACCCAAACGUAGCUAAGUGCUACAAAGGAAACCCAUACGGGUUCCUCUAAAGAAAAGCUUCACAGUUGAAGAAAAGUUCGUCCUUUGUUGAUAAAUUCGACUUGCCUGCCAUCUGCUAGCCGCCUGGUUAGCUGAGAUGGUAGAGCGGCUGCCCCAGGAAGGCGGUGGUCCCGAGUUCGAGUCCCGGACCAGGAUGAAUUUUUCUUCAACUGCGAAACUUUUCUUUAGAGGAACCCGCAUGGGUUUCCUUUGUAGCACUUAGCUACAUUUGGGUGGAUGUCUCAUUUUCCCUUUAUUAAGUAGAUAAGGUAUGCACUAAGCCAUGUACUGAUUAACCAACAAUAUCAGAUGAGUGGCUAUAAGCUUACCAGUAAAGAAAAGUUAAUUCUAACUCAAACACAUGUACAUACAAGUUUUAUUUGCGUGCAAGUAGCAAAAAGUCUAAUUUUGACUUGCCGCCAUGGUGACCUAGCAGCGACGACAGCAUCCUCAAACUUGGCAAGGCCGCAAGUCAGUUUAUCCAUCGGGCCCCACAUUUCUGCGAACACCCUCAUGACAGUAAAUGCACUCGCCACGUCGGGUACGGAGAGGCCAUCAUCCAUGUCAUCCAUGACGAUAACGUGGAGGCGCUAUAGAAUCUAUGGGAGCAGGAAUCGCAUCAUGGCUACCAUGUUUUGACGUCACUACUGGUGGCAACUGCAGUUCAGUAAAAGUCCGUGCACCAAAAUUUCGCAAUGUAUGGUCUGCAUGCACGACAUUUCACCAAUUCCACGCUUGCAGGCGGCGAAAAAUGAAGUAAAUACUACACACUAACCAUUUGGCAUGCGUUAAGCAACUACAGUCAGCAAAACCAUUAGGGCCAAUGGUAAAAAUGUGGGGGUUCAUCGUGACUAUGUUUAAACUGGAAUUAUUACGCGGGUACGUAUUAAUGAGGAUUUACUGUAGUUGGUUGUAUCCAUUGGUUCAUUAUAACAAGGUCUGGCUGUAUGUAUUAAAAAUGCUCCCCAAGUCUGUAUACCUACCUUAUUUACCGAAUUGUACCAUGAACAAUAGACUGGAACUGAAGUGCAACAUGCAUAUAGCAAACACAGCAAUUCAGGCAAUU